CUCCUCCUCCCGCUCCUCCAAUUACUAAUGUCUCUAUUCAUUACAAUGGAAGACUGUGGAACAGGUCUUUGUGAAAUAUAUAAACAGCUGCGUACAUGUCUUAACCAUUGAUCUAAAUCGUAGCAGGCAAGAAAACAUAAAUCUCUCUCUCUCUCUCGGAAGAGAGAUCGGAAGAAAAGAAAGAAAAGAAAAGCCAAAAGAAACACUCGUAUGUUUUCUAAAUGUCGAUUUCAAUUACGUUAUAAAUGGCCAUGUACCCUCGUUACUAGAUUUGCUUCAAAGGGAAAUCUGAUGCCGUUUAAAGACGAAUGUUGGUGUAAAAUGAACUUUCUGCUGUCACCAUGGAAAAUGGCUGACAAUUGUUAUCAAAUACCAGUCUAAAUAAAAUAUCGGCCAAUAUGGAAACUAGUGUUGAUAAUAUAUCCAGUUGCAAUGCUUCAAUAAACCAAUUAAAUGAUCAAAUGGCAGAGGUUGAUUAUUUAGAUACUUUAAUUGCAGCUGUUACCAGCCACAAAGAAGAUACUCAAGAAAAUGAUAAUUUAACUGACAUUCAGAAUGAAGUAAAUUCUGAUAGUGAAAAACCUGAAGAUAAAAAUAUUGAAGAAAAUCUGAUUGGUAACGAUAAGAUGGAUCCAUCUUCACCCCAAGCUCAUUCAGAACAGUCUGAAGAAAGAAAUGAUGACGACGAAGAGGAGGAAGUAAAGAAAGAAGAACCUAGUACUGACAGCAAUAAAAAGAAAAAGAAACAUAAAAGAAAAAGAGUGAAGAAAGUUGAAAAUGAUGACGAUGAAUCUGACAGUGAUAUAGUGGAAUCGAAACAAUCAAAAAUUGAAAUGGAAGAUAUUAAAGACAUAAAGGAAGAAUCAGAUGUGUCCUUUACUCCAAAAGAUGAAAAUGAAAUCAAAAACGAAUCUCCAUCUUCAAGUGAAGAUAAUGCUGAUAGCGAAAGCUCAAAUUCUUCGGAUUCUGAUAGCACUAGUUCAAAUUCAUCUUCAAAUGAAGAUGGUGACUCCUCAUCGUCUUCUGGAGAUGAUGAAGAUGAGGAUGGAGACAAUGAUGACGAUGACGCUGACGAUGAUGAGGAUGAUGAUGAUGAUGAUGAUGGUGGGAAAGAUAAUGAGGAAGAGGAAACGCAAAAAGAUACAGAAAAGGUAAAAAGCAAAGAGAAGAGCUCUCGUAAAGGACGCAAGAAGAAGAAAAGUGACAGCAAUGAUGAAGAGAAACCAAAAAUUUCAUCUCGAAAACGAAAACUAACACUCAAACGUCAACGGAAGAAAGAGAAAGAAAAAACCAAAAGAAGAAAUAUUAGAAAUAUGGCAGGUGAUUUUUGUGCUCAUUUGUCGAACUCCAUAUCAUGCCGUCGUAAGGCCAUAAUUGAAAAUAAUGGUACUGAAGAAACUAACAAACAAUUUAGCAAAGAUGAUGUUAUCCUUCUUGACAGUGGAGAUGAGAACAAGAAGAAAGUGUUGACUGACAUCAUUGAACUUAGUGAUGAUGAUGAUGUUGUCAUGAUAAAAAGUGAUGAAGAGCCUGAGGAGGCAGAGGAAGAAGAAGAGGAAGAAGAUAUGGAUAAUGUUGGUACACAUAUUAACGAUGAGUUGAAUCAACCAGACGAAACCGGCAAUGUUUUAAUUAAUAUUGGUCAUCCUGAAGGUGACCCUGAUGUUUUCCUCCCUCCACACAUUGCAAGUGUUAUUAAACCACAUCAGAUUGGUGGCAUCAGAUUUUUGUAUGAUAAUGUGAUAGAAUCCCAAAGCCGAUUUAAAUCCAGCAGCGGCUUUGGCUGUAUCUUGGCUCAUAGCAUGGGCUUAGGAAAGACCAUUCAACUCAUUGGCUUUAUUGAUAUAUUUUUGCGUUUCACUGAGGCUCAAUCUGUGCUUUGCGUUGUUCCAAUUAACACCAUACAGAAUUGGUUAGCUGAAUUUAAUAUGUGGUUACCUGAAAAAUCACCCGAGGACUCUGAAGAUAAAGCUAAUCUUGAUGUCACAACAAGAAACUUCAAGCUGUUUGUUAUCAAUGAUAAUCAUAAAACAACUUUAGCUAGAGCAAAAAUACUAGAUGAAUGGAGUCGUGUAGGUGGAGUACUUUUGAUGGGAUAUGAAAUGUACAGAUUGUUGGUAACAAAAAAGUGCACUUUUGGUCCUCCCCCUUCUCGAAGGAAAAAGAAGAAUAAUGAACCGAUUGUUAUAGAUAUUGAGGAAGAAGAUAUGAAUAAAAAAUUACAUUUAGGCAUUCAAAAAGCACUUGUGAAUCCUGGACCAGAUUUGAUUGUUUGUGAUGAAGGCCAUCGCAUAAAGAACAGUUUGUCUGGAGUGGCUCAAUCAUUGAAGAACAUUAAAACAAAGAGAAGAAUUGUACUAACUGGUUACCCGCUGCAGAAUAAUUUAUUGGAGUAUUGGUGCAUGGUUGACUUUGUAAGACCUAACUAUCUAGGUACAAAAGCAGAAUUUUGUAACAUGUUUGAACGACCCAUCAUGAAUGGUCAAUGUGUUGACAGUACACGUGAGGAUGUCACUUUAAUGAGGUACAGAGCCCAUGUUCUUCACAGUUUGUUGCAAGGAUUUAUUCAGAGGAGAGGCCAUUCAGUCCUUCAGUUUAGUUUGCCCCCGAAACAAGAACAUGUCUUUACUAUCCGAAUGUCAAAUAUCCAAAGACAACUUUACAAGAAAUUUAUGGACUGCAUUUCAGAUUGUGAAAUGGGAAUGUGGGCAAGCUACAAUCCCUUGAAAGCUUUCUCUACAUGUUGUAAGAUUUGGAACCAUCCAGAUGUUAUGUGGAAAAUUAUACAACAUCAGAAAACUCUUCUUGAAGACAAUGACUUGGAUUUUGAACCUGAUGGAAAAGUUAAUGGUGUUCAGUCAGGUGGUAAAAAGAAAAACAAAACUAUUGGCAACUCUACUCGUAUGAAUGCAAAUACAAAGAAAAAAAUACUUCCUGAACCUAUUAAUAUGAAAAAUAAUGCUCAUAAAUGUUGCAGCAACAAUAGAUCAAAUACAAGUGACAAUUUGAACCUUGGUUUUCAACCAAAAGGAAUGGGAAUGAAUAGUUGUAGUGGAUCAAGGGACAACAGUUGUUGUAAUUACAGUUUAGGCCAGGAUCUAGGGCUUUGCUGUAAUUCUGGAAUGCAAUCAUGUAACAGUCCUGGAAUGAAUAAUACACCUAGUGGUAAUAAUACUUGUAAUGAUAACAGCCUUGAACAGAACAUGAGUUUUAUGAGUUCGAAGAUGAGCAAUAUGAAGGACAAUAAUAACCAGUUGAGUGCUUCCUACUUAAAUUCAACUUGCCAUAAGGAUUCUAACAGUGGUAUGAGUACCAUUAACCAAGGUUGUCAUAUGAAUAAUGAACCUCGAGGAGAUAUGGUAAGAAACCUGGAGCCAGGAGAAUGCAUGACUAGAAAUGAGUCCAGUCAGAAUAAUUGCAUUAAUAACGACCAUAUGAUUCCUGGUAGUCAUAUUGGUAUGAAUGCAAGUUGUGAUCAAACUAAUACAAGGCAUCUAAUGGACAGUGGAAGUAUGAACAGUGAAAAUCAUAUUGGGUCUUUAGGUUAUUUGAAUACACAUUCAAAUAGUGAUGCUCAUGGUUGUUUGAAUACAAGUAGACAUAAUGAUGUUAGCAAUGUUAUGAAUGCUAAUGACCAAAUGAAUUUAAACUAUGGUUUGAAUUCUGGAAGCCAUAUGAGUGGCAAUAGUAGUAUGAACAUGGUUAGUAGAGAUGUAAUAAAUUCCAAUUGUGCCAUUGGUGACUCUAGCAAUUUAAAUUCUUGCCCUCCUAGUGGUUUGAAUUUUGGCAAUCAGUCUCAUUGCUAUGAUGCCACAAAUAGCAAUCAUAACAUGGGCCUUUCCAGCUUGAAGUCUUGUGCAGCAAAUACGAAUAAUCACUUAGGUGGUAGUAGUAUGAACUACAUGAGCCAUUUGGGUCCUGAUAUCAAUGCUAGUUGUUCCUUGACAAAUGAUACCAUGAAAAAUAUAAAUAUCGAUAGCUGUGAACAAAUAACAGACAUAAAAAGUAAUGUUACUUGCCAAAUGAAUAAUAUGAAUAUAAAUCCUUGUCAAAUGAACAGUGAUAAGCAGAGUCAUUUGAACAGUAACAACUCUCUUGGUAUCGGUAACAUGCUACUGAGCAAUACAAAUCAGAACAAUCAGGAAUCAAAGGAUGACUACAACAGAGAUAUCAGUGGUCACAUCACUCCCAAUACUGGUUUGAAUAGUUGUAGUAACAACACCCAGUUAAACACAACUGCUAAAGAUUGUAAAAAUGUAAAUAUGUGCAACAAAGUUUCCCAGAACAUGAAUAUGCAGAGCACGAAUAUGUAUGGUGGCAGUAACUCAACUGCCGGUGCUCAUGUCUGCAGCCAAAGUGGAACACAAGGAAAUGUACCUACUACAAUUUCAACAACAGAGAAAAAGUUAGACAGCAAUGUCCUUUCUUUAGACUGGGUAGCGGAAAUAAUGAAAGACUACACACCAGAAUUACUGGAAAAUGGUGGUAAAAUGGUAUUGCUCUUCAACCUUAUUGAAGAAUCUUUGAAAGUUAGUGAUAAGAUGUUGGUUUUUAGUCUAUGUGGCACCUUGGGACUGGACGGCAGUACUUCUGCUGCAGAACGAGAGAAAUUGAUCAACCAGUUUAAUUCUCCUGAUAAUAAUAGAGUUUGGCUAUUUUUAUUGUCAACGAGAGCUGGAUGUCUUGGUAUAAAUCUUAUUGGAGCUAAUCGUGUUGUUAUUUUUGAUGCAUCUUGGAAUCCAUGCCACGAUUGUCAAGCUGUUUGUCGUGUUUAUCGAUAUGGACAACAGAAGCAUUCCUACAUAUACAGGCUAAUAACUGACAAUACUUUGGAGAAAAAAAUAUAUGAUAGGCAAAUAAACAAGCAAGGCAUGUCAGAUCGAGUUGUUGAUGAGCUAAAUCCAGAAAAUCAGUUCACAAGACAGCAAGUUGACAGUCUCUUACAUUAUGUUGACCAAGACUUACCUGAAGUUAAGUUGGAUAACUUUAAUAGUGAUGGCGAUUCUGUUCUGCAAUCUGUCCUUGAAAAAAAUGGAAAAUGGCUGACAAAGGAACCAUUCACUCAUGAAUCUUUGCUGUUAGACCAAAAAAGUCUACGAUUAACCAAGAAAGAAAAGCAACUUGCUAAACAGGGUUAUGUUAUGGAGAAGAAAAUGAAUUUGAAUUACAGUCGACAAUCUUAUACCAUGUAUUAUCCUAAGCCAGGGCAGUCGACACAAUAUUAUCAAGGUCCUGGGCCAUGGCCAAAUAAUAUGCAAGCAGGUGAACGACCAGUUGCAAGUGUCAAACCAAUUAUAUCAACUCCUGUACCAAUGUCACUUCCUCAAGUUAAUUUCCCACUCAAUCAGAUGUUGCGUUCUACUGUAUCAGGACAACAAGUGAAAGUAGUCAGACCAGGUGUAUCAGUACAUCAAAUUGUCACUACUACAGAUAUUAUGCUUCCUGGAUCCAAUAAUAAUUCAUCAUAUCCAGAUGUUAUCCCAGCUGGACAGCAAAUACAUGUAAUUAAAACACCGAGAGGGGUAUACAUUCGAACAAAUAAGGGCAAGAUCUUUGCUGUUCGCUCCAAACCACCAGCCACUUCAACCACAACCAGCCAAACACCUCCAACAAGUUUAUCUGAUCUUCUCUUACCACCAGCUUUACCUACAACAUCCGCCGCUACAAGUUCUGGCAACCUCACUAAUAUUGGUGUCAGUUCAAGCAAUUUAGGAUCAAACAACAAUGCUUCUGGAAAGAAUUCUCUAAGCUUUCUUGAAAGCAGACCUAAUAAUCAAAUAAUAAAUAGCAACAAUACCGAAGCGACAAAUUCUUCAAAUUACCCAGAUUAUUUAAAUUAUCUACGAUCUUUAAAACCACAGUUUCAAUCUGGAUACUUUCCUAAAGCUCUGAGUAAUAGGAAUUCCAAUGUAGGGAAUAGUAAUUUUAAUAGUAUGCUACCUCAGCAUAUGAUUCAGUCACCAUCAAGUCAACAGCUAUCUCAUUUUCCAGUUGACUCUCAAGCUUCUGAUCGCAACAAAUCUUUUCCAUCAUCCACACACCAAUUGGGUUCUCAUUCAUUGUCUCUUCCAGCUACAUCACUCCAAAAACAAAUGUCUCUGCAAAAAGAUAAUGAUAUUUGCAUCAUUAGUGAUGACGAAGGUAAAAUGGACAAUGAAUCAGAGGGAAUCAUUAAUGCUCCCACCACCUUGAAUGUGAGCAGUAGCUCUACUGACAACUGCAGCAAUACUGAUAUUCCAAAUAAAUCUUCAUCUUCAUUCAUCCAUUCACCUGCUUUAGAUUUACCUGCCAUGAUUGAUAAUAUGCCAUUGCAGACUACCACGAAUACAUCAAACAUUAAUAUUUCAUCUCAGUCACCAUAUAACUCUGAUUCAUAUGUUAGGUCAUCUCCCAAACUGGCACAAGUUGUAGAAAUGGGAAACAGUGCUAGCAAUAACAGUUGUACUGUUGAUCCCCAGCAAAUUGGCUCAAAUGACUUUUCAACCCAUUCACUUCUGCCAACGUUUUCAUCAAUUCCACAAUCUGAAAAUCACCACCAACAUCAAGGGCAUCGACAGCCUCAGAUUUCACCUAUUCCUGUUUCUAAUUCUGGGCUCUCUUCUGCCUCUAACCUGAAUAUGUCUUCUUCCAAUUUCAGUCCUUCUCUACCUAACCUUCAACAACAGAGCUUAUACAACAUACCUAAUUACAAUUAUAGCAACAUGCUAUCUCCACACAUGUUGACAAAUAAAAAGUCAGGACAAUCUCCAAUUGAAAAUUCUGGCUAUAACCCCCUCCCCACUUUCUCUCCUUCAAUUAUGAAUCAAGCACCAAUCAAUAAUAGUAAUAAUAAUAACAAUAAUAAUAAUCCUGAUAACCUGAAUCCAAGGACCAACACUUCUGAGCCCAGUCUCUCACACUCACAAACUCUUUCAUCUUUACUUUAAUCUUGAAAGUCUUAAACAAUUCUGUGUUUUUUUUCAAGCAGCUUUCACAAAUGAUAGUGUUUUCAGUUUUUAUUUACAUUCUUUUCUGCUACCCAAAUCCUUAUUUUCUUAACUUUUAUGUCAUAAUAUAACAAGAAGGAGAAAAGAGGAUAUAAAUUCCUGAAUUUCAAUUUGUAAUUGUCAGAAAUGCAUUUUGCUAUGUCAAGAUUAGAAAAGACUUGUACUGGCAAUUCUUUUCUAUGUAUUCGUAAUUUUCUAGAUGCACCUAUCAUAUGUUUCACUAACUUUGAAAUAUUUAUUGAAACAUGUCAUAUAUAAUCCACUUUUAUUCUGUUAUCUCAGUUUUAUUUCAAUUUGUUAAUUGUUUUGAUCAUUAAAGCGAAAGGUUAGUUUUUAUAAUGUGCACAAUUGCUGCUAUGUCUUCUAGGUUCAGAGAAAUGCCAAUAUACUAUGCAAGAUAGAAUAAGCACAUUAUUUUAGGUUUAGAAAAUAACCUGUCAAGUUAAGAAAAAUGUUUUAAUUUGGUUUUGUAAUUUGAAAAGGCCUCAACUGUCACCCUAAUCAAUGGAAAAGUUUCAUAUUUUGGUGGGGGUUUUUCCCUUUUUGUGUUACCCAUAGGUCUUGUUCACUUGUUUUAGAUAAAAUUUAUUAUUUGAAUAUGUAGCCAAAACUAAUGUCUUUGUAGAUACAAAAAAAGAUGUUUUGAAAUAUAUGUAAACUAAUUUUCGAAAUCUUCUAAGAAGUCUUCUAAAAUCAACACAAGCAUUAUUAUUAUUAUCAUUUAUAUUUUUCCAAAUGAUAUUGAGUAAAGAAAUAGAUCUCAUCCCUUUCUAGUUUUAUUCAUUUGAAUAAGAUCUCAUUCACUAAAAAACCUCAUAUCAGUUAUUUCAAGCUUUUGGUCAAUGAUUCCACAUGUUAUAAGUACUUUAUAGUUCCUCAGAAAUUUUAAACCUUUGAUUUCUCUUGUGUGUAUUAUUUUAAUUCUGGUGUUAUUGUUUUGUUGUUUGGCCUAGUUUUAUUUAUUGCUACCAAGUAACUAAAUUACUGGUACUUAUAUUAGUUUAUCAUUAGUUUUCUUCUUUGCUUAUUUUAAGAUGGUCAAUAAAUAUACUGUGCUUAAUCAUAUGUUUGUUAUGUGAUUGUAGAUUGCUACUGACGGUAGGUUAGGGGACAAGCAUCACAGAAUGUCUGGUUUCUGUUCUAAGCAGGUUAUAAAACAAUAAAUUAUGAAAGAAAACAUUCCAAUGUAUUUCAACAUUUUCCACAUUGAUUUUAAAAUCUGGAACUAUAUUUAGUGUUAGCUAUUUUAUGGAAAGUUAUUGCUUAAAUGGAAUCAGUAUAAAAUUAAAGGCUCCACCUUUCAGUUGUAUCCCAGUUAGCAACGUAAACUCUUUGGACAUAGGUCUUUAGACAAUAAAUGUAUUUCUUAUGGUAAUUGACCCUCAAAAGUUAUAUAAUUAUUUUAACCCUUUAGCAUUCAGAUUACUCUGUCAAAUGUAAAGCCUGUUUAAUUACAUUAUUUUGAAUUAAUUGUACAGCAUCUUGUAACUCUGAGAUUUUAAUGAUGUCCCUGUUCAUUUUUAGAAUGACUUUGUAGGGUAGGUGUGAGAGGUCAGAGCUGGCUGGUUUGAGCAUAAAACAGGAAGACAAUUUUGGCCUGAUAUGGCCGGUUUAAACACUAAAGGGUUAAUAUGUGUUAACGCUGGAUUUUAAAUGCUUUUCUAUAUAUCAUUACAGGAGCCAAAAAAGUUGAUUUUAUAGUCUGUUUUUUUCUCCUUUGUACCACUACAGUGAUAAAUUUAGUUGUUUAUGUGACUAACUCUGAGCCUUUACCCUGUCUUUCAUGUGUGUGUACACACACACACACACAAGCAUUGAGAAUUAAAAGCAUAGUUAAAGGUUCUAUCCUCAAACUUAGUGUUUACUGAUGUAAAAUCUCGUCUUCAGUCUUUUACUCUGUUUGGAAUAUGUUUUAUGUAAAAAUUGUUUGACUAUUUCAUAAACAAGUCUUUUCAAAAUGAAAUCAUGUUAAAAGAUUUGUAGAGUGAUAGAAUCUCUAUUUUAUCUUAUUGCCUUCUAUCAGUAAUUUAGAUUUCAUCUGAUUUAUUACAGGUGAAAGAUAAUCUAGUUUUCCCAUAUUGGGGAGUAAGCUGGCAUUAAGAAUUCCAUUUCUCUCUGUCAUGUGUUUUCUAUGUCAUUCCUUUUAUUUCUUAACAUGAAAAGUAUGUCUAAGUUUGACAUUUAUUUCACUGAUGAAAUUGUUAAAUAAAAUUAUGAAAUAGCAGUUUUAGCAGUAAUAUUAGAGGCUAAAUGAUACGAGUAUUGUUUUUGUUUCUAGAAAUUAAUUCGCUUCACAAAGCUUUUUUUUUUUUUUUUAUUACGGCAGCUCUAAAACUUUUUUUCCUCAUAAAUUUAUCUUUACUAAUUACUCAAAAAUAUUUUUUUGAGAUUUCUAUCUUAGAGUGGCCAGGUGAUGUUUAUGAUGCCAAUCAUUAUCUGGGAAGUCUGUGUGGGUUUUCUUAUGUUUCUGGAAAUGAUGAUGAUCUCCUUGCAGUAUUAAAAAAAUAGAAAAUUCAGUGACUGAGUAGCCAUUCUUAAAUAUUAUAGGCGCAGGAGUGGCUGUGUGGUAAGUAGCUUGCUCACCAAUCACAUGGUUCCGGGUUCAGUCCCACUGCGUGGCACCUUUGCAAGUGUCUUCUACUAUAGCCUCGGGCUGACCAAAGGCUUGCGAGUGGAUUUGGUAGACAGGAACAACCCGUUGUGUGUGCGUGU